AAAUAAACUCACUUUGUGCAUAGUGUAAAAAGCACCUCUUCUCUUUUGUCUUUAUAUAUUCUCCCUUCCUUUCACGCGGUUUCGCCGCCCUUGGCCGGUCCCUCUCCGCCGCCUCCAUAUCUCUCCCCCACAUAUCCUCUCUCUCCCUAUAUAUAUAUAUAUAUAAUCCGAUCUCUCCUAAACCAUCAAACUUAAUUAAACCCCAAAGUUUAAAACAACAGAAAACAUUUCUGAUUUUCCUGACUUGUUCUCUUGCAAAUUAAACAUGAGUUCUGCUCAACCUGCAGGUGUUAAUUAUCCUCCACCGUCGUCCACGGUGCCAACCUCUUAUUCAGCUCCUCCACCGGCGGGGUAUCCGACGAGAGAAGGCGGAGACUUCUCUACCCCUGUUCCGGCUGAAACAAAGUCUAGAGGCGAUGGCUUUUGGAAAGGCUGUUGUGCUGCAUUGUGUUGCUGCUGUGUAUUGGAUGCCUGCUUCUAGAGAGAGAUUAUGGAUAUAAUUAAUCAGCAUUAUUGUUGUUAUUUUAGUGUUUUUAUUUUAAUUUGUGAAUUUUUGGAUUAAUCAUGUCAUGAUGUUGUAAUAAUAAAUUUGGGUGUUUGAAAUUUCUUGCUGAUGAAACUAUAUUGGACUAAUUCUGUGAUCAUAUCCCAUAUAUAUAUAUAUGUAUAUUUGUUAUUCUU